AUGCAGUGGAAUUCUCAAGAUUUUUUUUCUCCCUCUACAUGUAAUCAACAAUAUACAGGAUCGAUAUCUUAUGAUUUUCAACAACAAAAUUAUUCUCUUUCUCAGCCAUAUGCUCAAUAUUCAAAUGAUAAUUUUAUACCAUCACCAUAUAAUUUUAAUUCUCAAGUAAAUAAUCAUCACUUUUAUUGUCCAAAUGAUUAUAUGCGAUCAACAGCUACUUCAAAUCAAAAUGAUGAUGUAUAUGAUGAACCACCAUUAUUAGAAGAAUUAGGUAUUAAUUUUGAUCAUAUAUUUAAAAAAACAAAAUCCGUUUUAAAUCCAUUUACAACACCAGAUUUAUCAAUUCUUGAUGAUGUUGAUCUUGCUGGUCCACUUGUAUUUUGUCUUGCAUUUGCAUGUAGUCUUUUAUUAUUAGGUAAAAUACAUUUUGGCUAUGUUUAUGGUAUUGUUACAUUAGGUAAUGUUGGUAUGUAUGGUUUAUUAAAUUUAAUGGCAUCACCAGAUAAACCAUGUUCUGGUUUAUUUGUAACAAGUGUACUUGGUUAUUGUCUUUUACCAAUGGUUAUUCUAUCAUUUUCAUCAUUUUUAUUGAAAUUGAAUGGUUUUAUUAAUAUGAUAAUUGCAAUAAUAUUUAUUAUUUGGUGUUCAAUAUCAGCAUCAAAACUUUUUACUGCAUCAUUAGCUAUGAUUGGACAACAAUUACUUGUUGCAUAUCCAUGUGCUUUAUUUUAUGGCGUUUUUGCUUUAUUAACCAUGUUUUAA